AUGAAAAUUGAAUUUGUGUUGGUGGAGACUGGUAGAGAGGGCGGCGGCGGCGAGGGCGGCGGCGACGGGGGCGGCGCGGCUGGAGGCGAGGGCGAGAGCGGCGGCAUGCCGGACGGCGGCGGAGGCGAGGGCGGCGGCGGGGCGGGCGGUGGCGGCGAGGGUGGCGGCGACGGAGGCGGCAGCGGCGGCGGGUGGGAGGGCAGCGGCGGCGAGGGCGGAGACGAGGGCGGCGGAGGGGAGGGCGGAUGCGAGGGCGGCGGCGAGGGCGGGGGUGAGGGCGGGGGCGGCGUCGGGGGCUGCGAUGGUGGCGGCGGCGUGGGCGGGGGUGAGGGCGGGGGCGGCGUUGGGGGCUGCGAUGAUUGGCAUCCGGCGGCGGCGGCGGCGGCGGCGGCGGCGGCGAGGCGCUCGGCGGCGGCGGCGGCGGCGGCGGCGAGGCGCUAG